AUGGCAACAACACCAUGUCUUCCCGUCCCCAAUGCCACAAUCCCAUUCUGGCGAACAGACCUCGACCCCCUCGACUCACACCGAUCCACAGAAGAAUUACCUUCCCACUGUGACAUUCUCGUCAUCGGUGCAGGUUAUGCGGGCGCAUCCACUGUCCAUCAUAUUCUGAAACAGCAAACUUCGCCGUUGAAGAUUUUGCUGUUGGAGGCGAGAGAGGCUUGUUCGGGAGCUUCGGGGCGGAAUGGCGGCCACAUCAAACCCGACAUGUACUACAACAUCCUAAAAUACAGCCACCAAUACACUCCUUCGCAAGCCGCAUCAUUCGCUCGCUUCGAAGCCCAAAAUGUGCUUGCAGUGAAAAAUCUCGUCGAAGAAGAAGGUAUCGAUUGUGAUUUUGUUUUGACGAGAGCGGUAGAUGUUUAUCUCGAUGAAGAACAUUCGAGAGCUACUCUGGAGAAUUUUGGGAAAUUGAAGGAAUUGGGAAAGGCGGAGUUGGGGGAGGUGGAGGUUUUGGAGGGGAGGGAGGCGGAGGAGUUCUCCAAAAUCCACGCCGCAAAAUCCUGCUUCUCCUACCCAGCAGCCCAUCUCCAUCCCUACAAACUCGUCCUCCAUCUCCUCCGCAAAGCAAUUGUCCAAGGAGGCGUAAACCUCCAAACCCACACCCCCGUCACUUCCAUCUCCGACACACGCAACCACCACCACGACGGAGGAAAAAAUUAUUCUUACUGGACCAUCACAACCCCUCGAGGUCUCGUACGUGCUCGAAAAGUCAUUUUUUGCACAAAUGCGUAUACGGGAGGUAUUGCGCCGAUGUUUCGAGGGAAAAUAAUUCCUGUUAAAGGGGUUUGUUGUAGAAUUCUUAAUUCACCUCCUAAUACGAAUAAAUCACAACAACAACUUCCAACAAAUACCUAUAGUCUCCGCCACGCCCGCUCUUUAUACGACUAUCUCAUCCCUCGCGCUCAAGACAAUCCUCCUUCGAUAAUUCUCGGAGGAGCCAAACCCGUUUUCUGGCAUCAUCAACAACAAGAACAACAACAAUCUUCCCCUCCUCCCCCCUCAUCUCCUCCUCCCCCUUCUUUUCCAAUAUGGUACAACAACCCCAACGACAACACCCUCUUCCCUCCCCCCUACUCCUCCCAAAUCCAAGCAUACUUUCACGAAUUCCUCCCAAAACAUUUUAUCUCAUCCUCCUCAUCAUCCUCCUCAUCAUCCUCCUCCUCCUCCUCUUCUUUUUCCUCCUCUUCUAUCGAUAAAAUCUGGUCCGGAAUAAUGGGAUGGAGUACAGAUUCCAUGCCCUGGAUCGGCGCGAUUCCAAUCCCAAAUCUGAGAGGACAAGGUCAAUUUAUUUUGGCGGGUUUUAGUGGUCAUGGGAUGCCGGUUAUAUAUUUGGCGGCUGAGGCGGUGGCGAGGAUGGUUUUGGAUGAGAAGAAUUUUGAGGAGAUGGGUUUACCGGGAGUGUUUGAGGUGACGAGGGAGAGGUUGGAGAGAGAGGGGAAUGACAUUUUGGGGAGAUGA